AUCCGUCACGCACACGCAGAGGGAGGGGCGGGGACGGCUUGGCGGCGGAGCCUCCGCGCGCUGCGAGCGGAGUUGCUGGGACUUGCUGGAAGUAAGAGCGGCGGCGGCCAAGGCGAUCGGAACUUUUCGAGCUGCCUGCCUAUAGCUCGCUAGCGCUAUGGAAACAGUGAGCGCCGCCAGCUCGGUGCAGCCCAUGUUGAGCGCGAAUGGCAGCGGCGACGGGCAUUGCCGGGGCAAUUGCACCGAGUCCAACGAGAGCUGGGCGGUGGGCAUGGGCAUCCUCAUGUCCCUGAUCGUGCUGGCCAUCGUCUUUGGCAACGUGCUGGUGAUCACGGCCAUCGCCCGGUUCCAGAGGCUGCAGACCGUCACCAACUACUUCAUCACCUCCCUGGCUUGUGCGGACCUGCUGAUGGGGCUGGGGGUGGUCCCUUUCGGAGCCAGCCACAUCAUCCAGCGCACCUGGAAGUUCGGGAGCUUCUGGUGCAAGUUUUGGACCUCCAUCGACGUGCUGUGCGUAACAGCCAGCAUCGAGACUCUCUGCGUAAUUGCCGUGGACAGGUACUUCGCCAUCACUUCCCCUUUCAAGUAUCAAAGCCAUUUGACCAAGAAUAAAGCCAGGAUGGUCAUCCUGUUAGUUUGGCUCAUUUCUAUCCUGACAUCCUUCUUGCCUAUCUGGGUGGACUGGUACAAAUCUGACAAGCCAGAGGCUACAAAGUGCUAUAAUGACGAGACUUGCUGUGACUUCUUCAUCAACCGAGAGUAUGCCAUUGCUUCUUCCAUCAUCUCCUUCUAUUUGCCGUUGGUGGUCAUGGUUUUUGUCUAUGCUAGGGUCUUCCAGGUUGCCCAGAAGCACCUCAAGAAGAUCGACAAAUGUGAAGGGCGGUUCCAUCAGCAAAGUUUACAGCACGAGCAAAAUGCUGGGAAGGCAGGUCACAGGAGAGCGUCCAAGUUUUGCUUGAAAGAACACAAAGCUCUCAAAACCUUGGGCAUUAUCAUGGGCACCUUUACCUUGUGUUGGCUGCCUUUCUUCAUUGUCCACAUUGUGCAUGCCAUCCAUGAGCCCUUGAUUCCCAAUUCCGUGUACAUCAUUUUGAACUGGGUGGGAUAUGUCAAUUCUGCUUUCAACCCCUUAAUUUACUGCCGAAGCCCAGACUUCAGGUAUGCUUUCCAGGAGAUCCUCUGCUUCCGGAGGACUGUCCCGAAAUUGUACAUCAAUGGAUAUUCCAAUAGCAAUGGGAAAGGCGACUUCAAUGAGGAUCACAAUGGCUAUCAUAUGGGACACGAGACGGCUAGCGAAUUGCUGUGUGAAGAAGGAUGCCCCCCUACUGGGGAAGCGUUUUUGCAUUGCAAAGAUAUCCCCGGCUGUCCUGGAAUGGUUGAAAGCUGAAUGGGCCAACGCCUCUUCUUCAUCGCUGUUGGCAGCUCACAGAAGCUUGUGAAGAGACAAGUCCAAGUUCAGCCAUGCGUCCGACGGACUGGGAGAACUACACAUUCCUUCGUAGACGGAUAAAGGAAAGGGCAGUAAGCCGAGACACCAGACUGAAAUGGCAGGAAUCUGCAGUGAAUGACCCAUUUUGGGGACCCAGCUGUGAGAAACCAGAUCCGUUCUGUAAAGCUCCUCUUUGAGGUUGGGUUGGUGGAGCCUACGCAGUGCAAUAACGAAACACUUCCUUGAAGCCAAACAAUUAUGAGUUUCCAGAGGCAGAGGAAGAGUUAAAUAUCCUCAAGGCCUUGAAAUGCUUUGGGAAUACAUUUCCCCAUCUUAUCGCUAACCCACAAGUGGAAGGGACAACAAACAUCAAACUUCCUGGUGAAGCCAGAAGAUUACUAUGAUUGGACAUGAUCUCAGUGCAACCCGUGUGAUUCAAGUAUGAAAAGAACCCUGGAAGUAAUCAACAGAAAAGCAUGAUCAAAACUAAAUUUGUUUAAAAUGCCUUUUUGAAACUAGUUUGUGUUCCUGCACAUCUUCAGCCAACUUCUUCAAAGCAAAGACACCCCCCCAGUGUGACAUGAUACCAAACAGACUGAAGUGAACCAUUGCCCUGAGAUAAGAUUUGAAAACAUUCACUAAACUUUAACAACUGUUAUUUUUAAAUCAACAUUUACUCAAAUUUUAUCAACUCAACUUUUUAGAGACAGAUCUGAUAGAUACUGACUGCUGUGUAAUUUCAUUUCAGAGAGGACUGCAAAAGGUCAAGAUUGGAAGCCAGCUUCUCUCUCUUUCCUAACUUUUAAGCAACCGAACACCCCUCGUUUACAUUUCUUAAAGUAGAUUUUCUUGCAUGAGCAUAGAGCUAUUGUACAGUGCCUGAAUUCUUCCUUUGGAACAUGGAGAGGUCUGGACAUGUCUACUGAACUUGCUUCAGGUGCUGCUGAAUAAUAUCCCCUUUGUUUAGUUGUUAGAAGAGAAUUGGCCAUUCCAAAUAUUUGGAAGAGGAACGAGCUCAUCUUGAGUGUCUGGGAGGGUCAAAUGAGUGCUGGGGAGAAGCUUACAUGAGGAUUUUGGAGUGUAAGUUGGGUAACAGGACAGCUUCAGGAUGGGGGUGAAUCUUCAGGGUUGUGAUUUUUAGAACAAAGGUUCACUCGUUGUGCAUUAAGUAUUCUAGGUAUACAAAAAAUUCCUUUCAAAUGUAACCCUUUUCAGCCUGGAAAGUAACAGCUUUAAAAUGCAGAAGAAAAGGCUCUUAGUUUGGAUUGUUAUAUUUAAGGUUUUGACUUAGAGGAUGCCUGGCACUCUCUCAUGAAUUAUAAAGGCAUCUGUGUAUGUAGCCUUUUAUCCCUUCUGUUUGGAGUUCAGUAUUGCCUACACUCAAAAGACCUUUCAUCCUUCACUGCUUAUAGCUAAAGAGAAGAUAAACCCUGCACUAUAAACAGCCAGAACGCUGUCCAUCAGCAGAGAACCUGGUGGUCCUGCCAUUUUGGAUGACAAAUGAUUGUCUUGCUGUUUGCUCUCAUGGACUAUGUGCAAGCAUGAGGCUCGACUCAACAGAACUCUUUGAUCCCAAGGUAUCAUAUGGAAGGGAAGGGCAAGAGAGGAAGCGAUUUGGGACUCUGCCUGAGACAUGUUGGGCUUCCACCUGUGCUGCUUUAUAGUUGUGACAUGUAUUUAUUUAUUUAUUGGAUCAUGAUGUAAGAGGAGUUUCUUUUUCUAGCUUCUUAGCCUUCCUUUCUAAGGGGGAGAGGGUGACAAAAUCUCAUGGAGCAAUGGGCCACUGGCUCCACCAAAAUAAA